AUGGCCAUGCCCACAGCAGAGUCUCACGAAUCGCUCUCGGCGGCGUAUGCCUCUAACUACGACUAUCUCGACUCCAGCCCACAGCAGCACCAACAGCAACAGCAACAGCGUUACUAUCAACAAGAACAGCAACAACCACCGCAACAACCCUCUGGAACGCAGAAUUCCAACUCCUCAUACAACGCUCCUGGUCCUAGCUCCUCUUCGGCUUCCAGCUCCAACGCUGCCCUUUCCCGUGGCGGUGGUAGUGCAGGCUCUUCCGGCUCGCAGUCGUACUACUCUUCUGCAACGACUGCCAACCCUCCUUCUCAUCUUCAGCAGCCAUAUCCACCGCAAUACGCCCAACACCAGCAAUAUCAACACCAGCAAUAUCAACACCAGCAAUAUCAACACCAGCAAUAUCAACACCAGCAUCAUUCCUCUCCUCCCACAGCCGCCUACCGUCCCUCACGUCAAAUCAGUAGCAACUAUCCGGAGCAUGCCCAUUCUGCUGCACUGAAUUCCGCCUCGUCCGCUGCCUACACCAACAACGGACCAGCUCCGGCCAUUUCUUUCAACAUGUACGCCCAAUCCAACAUCUCCAUGCCUGCUCUUGGCCCUGUCGCUGCAGACUCCUCUUCCAGAGCACCGCCGCUUGCAGAUGACCUCGGAGACUCUUUUGCCAACAUGAACAUCUAUGGCACACCCAGGCUCGGUCCACAAAGGAGCAAAUCACCUGCCCCCGGCUACCAUCCUUCUGCAGACUCGGCGUCUACAAAAGGUCUCGCCAGUGCCGCCUCGGUGCGAACCAAUGCCAUGUAUGCCACCCAAGAGAUUCAUCAAUCUGCAGCAGAGGUACAACCCGAGAAUUCCUUGGCUGCCAUCGCCGAUCAGGUCGAACAAGCUGCAGCUCAUCUCGAUCCUAACACUACUCCAUCAAUCUCGGCGUCUGCAUCCUCUCAAAACGAUCACUCCGCUCAUCAUGGCGGAAGCAGCAGCGCUUAUCAUGCCGGUCAGAAUGGAGGCGGUGGUGGUGGUGGUGGAUGUGGAGGAGGAGGAGGAGGAGAAAGAGGAGGAGAAGGAGGAGGAGAAAGAGGAGGUGCUGCUGCUCCAGACUGGGUUCCUCAUUCCCAGCAUGGAGGUCGUUAUGGUGCAAGUGUUCGUCAGCAUUCGACUCCUGGCGAGUACCCGCCUGGAGGACAGUACGCUGCUGGAUCCAUGGAUGGACACGGCGCAGGAGAUGGCUCACACAUGCCUUGGGACCCCAACGCAGCUGCAGCCGCAUACUACACACAGAAUGGCGCUGCCCAAUACCCUGGUUUCCAGCCACAGGCAAUCCACCAGGCAUCUGCUGGCUAUCCUUUCUCAGCACAAGAUGGUCAUGCUGCGUAUCCUUCAGUUGGUGGGCCCUCGGCUUAUGAGUCGAACCCGUACUUUGCCGCAGCUUCUGGCUACCUCGGAUUCCCUGACGGCGCAGCACCAGGGUUCCCACCCGGAGCCGAUCCUUACGGUGCCGCUGCUGGUGCAGCCGGAUUGAUGCCAAUCAUGCCUCCCGGAACUCCUGCUGGCGCUGGGCGUCCUACCCUCCUUUCACGCCAAGGAACGCAGCUGUCCAUGAUGUCCACCAACUCCAACCCUCUCGCCGGCAUGGCAUCGACCAACCCGCGUCGCAAGUCCAAAGACCCAGCUCCACAACAAAUUGUGCCAUUCAACAAGUCUUUUGUUGCAGAGUACAGACUACGAAUGAAAGGCGAUCCUGAUCCAGAGGCACAGUUUGCAUAUGCUAAGUAUCUGAUCGAAGCAGCCAAAAAGGUGCAGGAUCCUGCGGAUGGACCCAAGCAGCAACGCAAGUAUCGCGACACUUUGCUUUCAGAGAGUUUGAAGUUGAUCAAGAGGUUGGCUACAACAGGCAUGGGACUAGGCAAGCCACCGUAUGCGGAAGCGCAGUUUUUCUUGGCCAACUGCUUCGGAAAUGGUAGUUUGGGUCUACAAGUGGAUCACGAGAAGGCCUACAAUCUCUAUGUCCAGGCUUCAAAGCAGAAUCACCCUGCUGCUACCUACCGCACAGCAGUGUGCAACGAAGUAGGCGCUGGUACAAGACGCGACCAUCACCGCGCCGUCUUAUUCUACCGCAAAGCGAGUGCUCUUGGCGACACAGCAGGAAUGUACAAGCUCGGAAUGGUUCUUCUCAACGGCAUGCUUGGCCAGCCGCGUAACGUCCGCGAAGCUAUUGUCUGGCUCAAACGUGCAGCAACUCAAGCCGACGAGGAUAAUCCGCACGCACUCCACGAGCUCGGUCUGCUUCACGAAAAAGCCAGCAACGGCGUCGUGCUCCACGACGAAGCGUAUGCACGAGAACUCUUCACCCAAGCCGCACAGCUCGGAUAUUCUCCCUCACAGUUCAAGCUGGGCUCAGCUUAUGAGUACGGUAACCUGACUUGCCCUGUCGAUCCACGCCGCUCUAUUGCUUGGUACACAAAAGCGGCUCAGAAGGGCGAUGGAGAAUCCGAGCUGGCCCUCUCUGGAUGGUACUUGACUGGCUCAGAGGGUGUUCUCAAACAGAGCGAUUCAGAGGCAUAUCUGUGGGCCAGAAGAGCUGCCUCAAAAGGUAUCCCCAAAGCAGAGUACGCCGUCGGAUACUACUCGGAAGUUGGUAUCGGCGUCAAUGCCAAUUUGGACGAGGCAAAGAGAUGGUACAUGCGUGCAGCGGCACAGGGAAACAAGAGAGCAAUGCAAAGGUUAACUGAGCUCAAGAAGAUGAAAGGUUUGACUGGUAAGAAGGGUGCAAGGCCUACUAGGAAGGAUGCUGAGAGCGAGUGCACGAUUAUGUAG